AUCUGACCGUCGCUGCAAGAGCGGUGUCUGAAGCCGCGCCCUGACAUCACAGUGAAUGAGUGAGGACGCACAGACUGAGUGAUCCCCGCCCACGCCCGGCCCCGCUUGACCCAGCUCCAGUUCGGGCCUCGCCCGCUACCACCUCCGGGAACAUGUCCAGCGAGAGCCUGGAGACCUUCGAGGAAGCGCACUACGACGAGUACGAGUACUACAACCUGGCGGAUUACCAGGCUCACGGCGGCGGGAAGGGGAGGAGGCAGCACUGGGCGGCCGGCAACGGGAGGAAGGUGGCGGAGAAACUGUACAACAGCGAGAUGAAGAAGAAGCGGCUCCGGAGCUCGGUCAAGCCACGGGGCAAAGCUCCACCCUGUCCCGGGAAACCCCGCCAGCGUCGUCGGUCCAGAGCGUUGCCUCUUGUUUCCUGAAUGUUCCGGUGGCAUUGCGUGCUUUUCAAACCCGAUGAGACGGGGACGGCGACAUUCCAAUUGUGGAAAAUCUGAGCUGAGGAAUUAAAGCACACUCUGUCGGGUUACUGAGUGCUGGAGCUGUUUAUUACCGAUAGAACACAGGGAAGCCACACGAUGUACUUAGAGUGCUGCUUGUUGUGGGGUCUGGGUUUAGCGAUUAAUUUCAGUCAAGUUCUGACAAAGGGCCCCUGAACUGAAACGUUCAGUUUCUCAAUAGCUGCUGCCUAAUCUGCUGGACGUUUUAUUAAUGAUUUAUUUAAUACCUGCAGAUUAAAUUAAAUGUUUUGUUGUAGUUGGACAGUGCGAUGAAUAAUCUCGAGGGAAAACAUCAAGUAGAGGCGAUGAGAUCAGGAGUACACAAUUUAGUGUCCAGUAAUGUAAUCUUAUUUGUAAAGACAGCUCUAUUUAAUGUAAUGGUGUAACAAUUAAGCCCAGUUAAACACGAUAAAAGAUGUCAGAUGUUAUGGGGAGAAGGCAGGAGAAUGGGGUUUGGAGGGAGAGAUGGAUCUGCCAUGAUUGAAGGUGGAGUAGACUUGAUGGGCCGAAUGGUCUAAUUCUACUCCUAUUCCUUAUGACUUUAUGAACACCAAAUCCAAUGUUUCCUCGGGUAAUUUAAAAUGGACCCAAUUCAGGUUGCAAGAGCUCCUGCUGUAAGAUCAGCCAUUCUCCAUUGCUGAUCAUUACACACGGCCUCAAAUGACCACAAUUCUGUUCCCCUCCUUCACUCUAUUUACACAGCGCCACAGCUCAAUUCCAGCCAUCCUUCCCCGCCCUCUGCUGGCAGCAGCUGCCAGUGCAGCCUCUGGUGGUAUGGAGGCUGCCAGGCAUCUCCCACGUACUGCUCCCCAGCUCCCUCUUCUCUGAACCAUUAAAUAUGGUUAAUUUCUAUCGUUUCCUCAUGUUGAUGAAAGCUCUUUGAACCGUGUCAUUUAAUGUUUCUUCUCCAUACCUGCUGGAAUCACUCAGGUAAUCUAGCGGCAGCAGUUUAGAGUAAUAGUCAGUGUUUCAGGGCCGAGAUCCUGUCAGAAAAGCAAAAGGCUGAACAAAAGAAAAAACAAAGAUCAAGCAUUUGUAUCCAAAUAUUUAAUAUUUAGGUAACGUUAAACUUGUACCAGAAGUCUUGCAUGUUAAAGGCACAUUAAGGCACAACCUUUUAUAUAAUCACUUGGUUCGGCGGUGGGACAUAUGGCAACAAAUGCUUAAUGACUGUUACAGUUUGAUGGCACGACUGCAAGGAUUCAUCUCCACACAAAUUUCACACGAGUUACAGCCCAAACUCUGGCCAUGACUGUAGAUGCUCUAAAUAGGUUUAAACACUCAAAAACCCAAGGUCAACUGUCAGAAG